UCUGAGUCGGCGCCUGCCGUAGAGAGUAGCAAAACAAGAUCGAGCGCGUCCUGUGCGCGGCGCGAAGUUUAUUAAAAUUUUAACAUGGUUCGGCGCAUGAGACGCUGUCGAAAAAGUGACACAGGACGUCGUGCAAGGAAUGUCCUAGGUGGAAUCGAGAACAUCGUACCUGAGCCACCUCCAAAGAAAGGGAUCAGCAAAAAAACUCGGGCAGGAGAGAAAGCAGUAUUGGCAGCAGCAUCGUCCACACCACCUGCAGAAAUGCUGGAGCUGGGUGUUAGCCCAAUUGAGGGACGUGGCCGUUCCUUGCGAAGGUCUCGAAGGAAUACGGCGAGUGCAGCCUGUGUGCAAGUUGCCACAUCUACCCCUGACCACAGAAGGGCGCAGCCAACACUGCCAGAUGCACAGUUUGGAGAAGAGGCGUCAAACCUGUCACUUGAUCUCGACCGUAGUGCUGUCGCAACCCCAUGCCUUUUUGACACGGCAAUGGAACCAAUGCAGACGUCUCGUACAGGCUCUCCAUCAAGGACACGGAGGAAGAGACUGUAUGGAGACAGCCCGGAGCUCUCCCUGCAGAAGGUCAGACGAACGUACUCUCGCGGGAACAGGUCCACGUCCGUUCGUGUGAACCUUUUCGAAGACCUCGACCUCCCUGACCAGGUGCAGGAGGACGAAGAAAACUUUUUUGAGCCAGCGGUAGAGCAGCAGGUGAAGAAGACCAAGGUGCACAAGCCCAGGCCCAGAAGAUGCACAAGGAGAAUGACAGGGAGUUUGACGAAUGGGCGGACAAGAUGGCGGCGGAGUUUGAAGAAAUUGAAAAAUUUGAGUUGUGUUAUGAUUAGCAUGCGUACCGGGGCCACAACUGCACCUGAUUCGUUCUGUGGGUUACACGCAAGACGCACACGGACAAGAAAGGAAGGCAUGGACAACAUGAGUGCUAACUCUGAACUGGCAUGUUAUUGAAAGACAGGGUGAUUUGUGAGGUGAUGAUGAUAGUAAUUUUUGGCAUCCCUUUUGAAACAGGGCAGUGACAAAUCGUGACAUAGCCUGCUUGUUACUCAGGUAUUCUGUACGUCUCCUUCAACACCACCUGGUGGCAGUGCAUGGAAAGAAAUAACACAAAACUGAAAAAUUGAAUGAGGACAUAUUGUUUCUUCAUUUUAAAAUAUUGGCGGCUGACUGACACAGGCAUACCCAUCUUACUAAUGUGGCCAUGCCGCUUUGGCCAACAAGCAAUUUGCCACAGGUUAAGGGGAGAUGCCUGUGCCAGUGAGCCGUUUAUUUUGUUGCCAGAAAAUAUGCGUAUCUGCGCAGAACAUGUAGGAUUCACUGAUAAAAAACACCGUCUGUUUGGUAAGGUUUCAGUGGGUUUUAUGGUGGUGUGUAAUUUUCCAUUUACUAUCAGGGUGUCACUCGAGAGAGAUCCAUAGGACAUAUUUUGCUAGAAUGUUAGCAUAGCCAUCCUUAUAAAUCGCAGUGCCUUUCAAUAAGUGUACCAGUUGAGAAUUUACACUCAUGCUGUCCGUGCCUUCUUUAUUGUUCUUGCGUGUGUCGCACAGCCCAAAGUAUGAAGGAGCACAAACUUGCCAUACUUGCAGUUGUGCUGCAGCCAGGGUGUCGGAACGAACGAAAUGUUUUUCGUUCCGGUUUUCGUUUCGUUCCACAGAAAAAAGUUCUGUUCCGUUUUUGUUCCGGAACAAAAGAAAAAACGUUCCGUAACGGUUCAUAACGUUUUUUUUUUUUUUUUCCAAUAAGAAAAACGAACAAAAUACUUCAUAUUAAAAGUAUCUUUUAAAAACAGCAAAAAAUUACUGAACUAAUACAUAAAAAUGCAAUAAUAAUUGCUGGGGUUUUACGUCCCAAAGCCACGAUGUGACUAUGAGGGAAGUCGCAAAAAGUUUCGAAGCAAGGACACAACAAAAACUUGGUAUUUAUUUUCCUCAAGUUUGAA